AUAGAAACAAGUAGGUUAUUGUAGUUAAAUAAAAGGAAAGUUGUUGAGUGUCACAAUUUUACAAGUUGAUGGUAGGUGUGAAUAGCACACAGAAGUGUCAAUAGAUUUCUGCUUAUGGAACUAGGUGAUGGAAGCCCAAGAUUGGGUAAAGUUCGCAAGUGUCAUAAAACAAAAUCCGAUAACUUAGAAGUACCGAUAACUUCCAGUGAAAGCGGUUUCGAUACCGAACUAGACGCCCUGGACUCGUCCCUCUCGCUUUCUGUAAACGAUUCGAAGGAAGUUUGCGAUUUACAAACGAAAGUUAUGCGUUUGGAAGAACUUCUCAUGCAGCAUGGCAUUCCAAUUCCUUCCCCUAUUAAUUGUUCAUUGGAAAAUUCGACAGUCAUUGAACUGAAAGUAAAGCAGUUAACAAAAAGGUGCACAGAAUUACAAGAUUUGAUCAUUUCCGUUCAGAAGGAUUUGAGUAAAAUGUUAACGCAAAGUCCAGGAUCGUGUGCGUGCGAAUGUACUACGUUCGCAAAAGUCCUUAAUAAUAGACUGACGGCUGUUAUUUUCGAAAAAGAUAAUUACGUCGAUUAUAUUAAUGACUUGGUGAAAAAUGCAAGAGGUGGAGAAGCGAGUAAAACGAUAGAUAACAACUUGCAAGAUGAAAUUCAAAAGUACAUCAAGGAGAAUGAAGACUUAGUGAACAAAUGUUCCGAAUUGGAAAGGUGUGUGGAGGAACUUCGUAACGAAUACGAACGAUGCGAGGAUUAUUGGUCGUCGAAAUUGGAGGAGGAGCGGCUCAUGUUUGAGCAAGAGCAGAAGCAAAGUAGUGACAAGUUAACAGAGCUUAUUGGAAAAAUGGCUGAGUACGAAGCACAGUUUGCCGUCCAAGACGAACGUGACUAUCGUCUACCGCCAAUAGAAGAGACCUAUAGUCUAGAAAAACAAUUUACAGACUUAGAACAGGAGUUUGAUGAAUAUAAGGAGCAUGCUGAAUUUCAAAUUGCAGAGAAAGUAAACGAAAUUGCCGAUUUGAAGGAAAAGCUUAUUGAAUUAAAGCAGAGAAAUACGUUGGAAAUGGGGGUGCAAGUGUCAAGCGCCGAAUGUCAGGGUGAAAAUUGUAUAGAAAACAAAAUGAGCAACUUGUCAAACUGCAUGAUCGAGUCAACAAACAUAUUUUCGGCGGAUACGAUGCCUUUUGGUUGGAGUAGUGCUAAACCAGAAUCCGAACCAAACUCCAUCGACUAUUCGCCGUCUCAGACUCACUUGAUACAGCGUGAUUAUGUCAAUCCUGCAUUUCUAUGGAAUAAGAAUAGACAAUCUAAUUCACCUGCUUCUUUCACCACCGAAAACGUCGAAUCUAAUAACGCCACUAAUCAAGUAUGGCAUAAUUCUCCUCAAACCUUUUCUAUAGUUAGUUUACCGUCUACCUCAGCUGAAUCAGCAUCUACAGUAACGGAUAAUAACUCUAUUCCAAGUAGGCCUAAAAGAAGCCGGAAACAUAAUAAGAACGGCAAAGUUCAAAGACUGAUUAAUAAGGACGAUAACAAAAAUAUGUUUCCUGCCAGUGUACCUAAUUCGUCUUUAAGAUGGAAACGAAAUAAUGCGGAAGAAAUGGUGACGCUCCCUAUCGCGGCGCUGCAUAAUUUAAAUUGCCGGCUUCAUCAUCUGGAGCAGCGACGACGACACUUGCAAGUUGUGUUAAGGCAACAGCAUUAUCAUGCCGAGCAAAUGCUUCAAAAUUGUUGGCAGCAGUAUCGGGGAGAAAAGGCAGAGCUUCAGUAUAUGUUAAAAUCCAGUCAGGAGAAACUCGAAUACCAAAUGAGGGUAUGCAACGACCAGUUGGAAAGGCUAACUAAGACCGACAUUCUCGUUAAGGAUCUGUACGUCGAAAACUCGUACCUCGUCGCUAACGUGCAGAGACUGGAAUCACAGUGUCAUAUGCUAACCCAAUACAAUUCCGCUAGUAGUUCCGUUUAAAGUAGGCGUUACGCCUUCGUUGUUAUUUUUGUUUUAAGAUUUUUACGGCGUUGAUGUUAUGCGAUAUUAAAUGAUAAGCAUAGUGCUCAGUAUCUCACUUUUACCACACUGGUGUGAAUCCUUUUUGCUACUGUGGACGUUGUGGUUCUAUACUGUUUUUUCACCAUAAACUAACAAACCUUAGAUUCGUAAGAAUAAAGAUGCUUGUGCUGUGAUAUGUUAAACUAUACAAUUACACUAACUACUUAAGGGUUCACAUGAAAUUCUACUCUCGAAUUGCUUCUCUCGUUUUUUUCUGAGCACUUUGCACUAUUCUCAACCAAUAUACCUACCUACCUUAAUUUGUUAGCACUCUACAUUACUAACAUAUCACUUAUUUCACUCCA